AUGUCUAAAACAUUAUUGCCCACACACUACCAAAUCCCCCACUCUAAUAAAAAACUACAUGACCGUGUCUGGCGAACAAAGAAAUUUCGCAUUCUUUCGGCAACUCUCUUGAUAUUUCUUUGUUCGCUAUGGGCGGUUGCAAGCUUCAGCGGCACGCAUUUCAAUUUCGACACAUUGCGGCCGUAUCGAAAUAAUGCUGCCGCAAUGGCUGCUGUCAGCGCGCUUGGGGAAGGUGGCGAAGAAGGAAUGCAGGCACUCGAAGUGCAGACACACGAAUUCGUGUAUGGGAAGGGACAUCACUUUGGAAUUUACGACAUGUUCGUCGACGAGGAAGAAGAUUACGAUUACGAAUGGGGAUUCUGGGAUUCUGGUCGUGGGAAGGCAAAGAGUGAGGACAAGAAUCUGGACAAGGCCAGCGAAAGUGUCGAGAAUAAGAAAGAGAGCGAGAAUGACAAGGACAAUGACGAGAAUGACAAGGACAAUGCCGAGAACGAUAAUGAAACGAAAGAAACAAGUAUAGAGAACGAGAUACAGGACAUUAUCGACAAACAUAAAAUUGUAAUAUUUAGCAAGACAUACUGUUCAUACUCUCGAAGAGCCAAGCAUGUACUAUCUCAAUAUUUCAUCUCACCCCGUCCUCACAUAAUGGAAGUUGAUCUCGAAGAUAAACCCAAUGAAAUAGCAUCAUUUCUCAAGAACGUCUCUUCUCGUAGUACAUUUCCCAACAUCUUUGUGUCUGGCCAUUCGAUUGGUGGCAGCGAUGAAUUGGCUGAGAUGCAUGCCGAUGGAAGUCUAAAAGAACUUUUAAAGAAGGCAGGAGUACUCGUCGAUGAUGAUAAGCCUGUUUCUGCGUAA